GCCCAUUUCAUUCCCACACGUUUCUCUCCUCUCUCCAUCCCUCCUGAUGCGUAUACGGUGACCUCACGCCUCCAGCUGACGGCGACGUCCUUCCUCCGUCAGUCCAGACCUCUUCGCCGACGACAUCGCGAAGCUCGCCCACGAUGGCGACGCCACAAUCUCCCACCAUGCCCACCAAGGCUUCGAACAUCAGUAAACUCGACCAGCUCUACGAAAAAUGCGCCGCGCAGCCCCCCGAUACCGUCUUUCACCAACGCGACCUGGCCGACAUGCAGGUCACUGACGACAGCAAUGGGCUUCUGCUCAUCAUCCAGCAGAUGGUCGCGUCCUGGUUGAUGCUGACUCUACAAUGGGAUGGAGCACCAUGCUGGAGGAUCCGCCCACGAGAGGUAGCAGCGGCCCUUAGGUCAAUGGCGAAAGACGAGCGCGAAAUCUACCUCGCUAUUGAAGCAACAGGCACGCAAGCCAUCUGGACCAAGAGCCUCAAAUCGAGAACAGGCCAGACCAGCCAAGCGGUGCUGAACAAAACUCUCAAACACCUCGAGGCCAAGGGCCUGGUCAAGUGCAUCAGCAACAUCAAGUUCCCCACCCGCAAAUACUACAUCCUCACCGGCCUCGAAGCCUCGGAGGACAUUGUCGGCGGCCCCUGGCAUGGCGACGGCGAGCUCGACCUUGACCUCAUCGAUGCCAUCUCCGAGAUCGUCGUCAGGUACGUCGAAAAAGAGAGCUGGGUGGAGCAGAAGAGCGCCGUCAACAGACUCGCUCUGGCUAAGAAGCGCGCCGCUGUCCUCAAAGCGCAAGACAUUGCUGCUUCCAAUGAGCCUGAGAGCAUCCCCGACAUCGAGAGCACCCCGCCGCUCUUCCGUCCUUAUCUGGGCCAGCACAGCUUUCCUCUCAUUCCACAGCCUGCCGGUUAUAAGCACUACCCGACUUGCGCCUCGAUCCUCGACCACAUCGUGGGUUCUGGCCUUCUGAACAACCUCACGCUGCAAGAGCCAGAUCUACAGCAACUGCUAGACAACAUGGUGUUUGACGGAAAGUUGGAACGAAUGGGUGCGAUGGGCUACCGGACGGUUCGCGGCGCAAGUGCCGACGCAAGAGGAGGUGACGAUAUCGGCAUUGGCAACGGCUUCACUGAGGCUCCGUGUGGAAGAUGUCCCGUAUUCUCUAUCUGUGAAGAAGGGGGUCCAGUGAACGCUACAUCUUGCGUGUACUUCACGGACUGGCUUUCAAGAAAUAUAUGAGCCUUGAGGUGCCUUGGAUUUUUAUCGGGUGUGGGCGGCGUUUGGUCAUCUUUAACCUUAUUUGGAUUGCAUAGAAUGGUGUCUAGGGCUCGUCUACGGAUAGCAUUGGGGUGCGUUGGAAUGCUCGCUAUAUACCAAAAACCGUCAGCUCGUGAGUAGAUGAAUAUAUUACCUUAAAG